CUCGGUUUUUAGCCUCCAAAGUCAAAUCACAUGAUGCAUAUUUUGUCAUAUGACACCGAUGAGAGGACUGAUUCCACUGCGCACCCACUAAUCUGAGAAAACAAAGGCGAGACGCAGCCACUUGUCAGGGAUGAGAUGCUGUAGACAAACACUGUUCGGUGGUGGUGCUCGUUAAUCUGGAGGAUGGACCGUCGGGGAGUUCUGCCUGCCAUAACCGCGGCUUGUUUCUUUGGCGUGGUGGUGAGCCAGACCACUCUUACUCCUGCCGUGAUAAACACCACUUUCAUCGAGAAUGCAACCGGUGUGACUCCAACACCCGUGAUUUUCAGCAGCACAACCCCAGGCUGCUUUGCGCUCAAUGUUUCUAACUGUGAACCUUGUGCACCAGGAUCACAAUAUGACAACAACACACUCAUGUGCACAUGUUGCCCCGACCCUGGGCUGUGUAUAUUUCCUGGAGCAUGUCUGCCAUGCAAGAAGGGAUUUUAUCAGCCACUAGCAGGACAGCAGCAAUGUCUGCCCUGCAGUCAGGGCUUCUACACCAAUUUCACUGGAAGUCCACUUUGUCACCCUUGCCCAGCUGGGUCAUUCAACAACAACACUGGUGGAGAAAGUUGCACAAGUUGUUUACCAGGUUUCUUUUCAUCGCAGCACAGCUCUACUUCUUGUACACCAUGUGCACUGGGAAGUUUCUGCAACUUGUCUGGCUGCACGCAGUGCCAGAUGUGUCCCGGAGGAACAGAAGCUCUUCAGACUGCCGCCAAAAGCUGCACACCAUGUCGGCCAGGCAUGCACAAGGCUCCCCAUCAAACCAUGUGUCAGAUCUGCAGCAGCGGCUUUUUUCAAAUUCACUGGGGCCAGGAAAACUGUGAUAUCUGUCCAGAGAAUCACUACUGUCCUAGUCCUGAUGUGAACCCCAUCCAGUGUCCGAAUGAUGCUUUCUGUCCAGAGGGCAGCUUGGCUCCAGGCUACUGCAUGGAAACUUUCUUCCGCAAAGCCGGGGACACUUGUGAACUGGCUCCUGUUACUAUCGCAUUGUUGGUUAUCGGAGGUGGAGUCGCCUUACUCUUCAUUGUUUUAAUGGUGCUGCGUCGACGGAGAGACACAGAUGGAGAGCUGACAUUAGCCCGAACCCCACUGUUACACAAAGAACGACCUCAGGGUCGAUACUACGGGCUGCCUUGUGACACAGAGCCUGUGUAUGCUGGCUGGUGAGCUGUUAAAGCUAAACAAACUGAGAACGGAGGACUGAUCCUACAAUCCUGAUCUGGUGCCUUGAGACUACUUUUAUUAUCCACCAGCCUUUUUAAUGAGGUACAUAUGAAAAUAUUAUUGGACAAACAGAAGUUAAUUGUUCUGUGAAUUCUUAUGGUCUGACAUUGUUAUAACUGUUCCACUCAGACACAAAUGCUCCUUUUGUAAAGUAGGUUAUUGGAUUAUAAAAAGGUAAUCUGAAAUGGUGAAAAUGACAUAAAACCUCAACUUGGUGGGAAACUGUUUCUCUUAUUAAAAGCACUUUUUUUAUUAAAGUAAUUAAUUUACUUUGCAUUCAUGUGUGUGUGUUCACGCAUUAACUUGUUGCUCAGUGACAGAGAUGUAAACUGGCCUUGUGUUUUUAAUGCAUUUGAAUAUUGUGUGUGUAAUAUUGUUUGUAGUUUCAUGAAAAAAAUUGCUUAGUAGUUUAUCUGCUUUUUUAAAAUUAUAUUUGUAUGUUUUGAAGGCAAAUAAAAAAAUCACAUUUCUAAUUCUUCUAUUACAAGAGAAAUUUUAAUUAAACAAAGAAAGAAAUAUUUAAUAAUAUUUUUCCAUUCCACAAUUUAAAUGAAAUUUGUGGGCCUGUUUUUUUUUUUUUUUUUUUUUUUGUUUGCUUAAUUCAGUAAAACAGCAUUUUAGUCCCUUUCCACACUCUGAUAAUAAUGUUUGAACAAAUAAUCCAGAAACAUACAGUAGGCCAUGGCUUGUAUAUUGGAUUGUAUAGAGAUAUGAUAUCUGGCUGUGCUCACUGAGCCUGACUAACAUUAAGUGUAAAGUAUGAAUGUGUUGUUUCCUUAAUUACGUAUUUUUAUUUUGUUAAGCCCAGAGAGGAUGAAACUGCUAAGCUGUAAAUCUUUCAACAGUAAUUUUUCAUUAGUUUUUCAACAAGGAGCUUCCAACAUCAGGAGCUUAAAGCUGUUUGAAUAAAUAAAACAAAUAGCAAAACUAUCAAUUUGACCACUGUUAUGGAAAUUUUGCACAUAUAGACAAAAUUUUAAAAGAUUUUGUACAAACAAAAUUUACUAAUUUAUUACAUGAAAAGAUGUCUUUCUUAGUUUACCAUGUAAAAAUAAUAAUAAAUAAAUUUGGAAUUGCUUUUAAAAGCAUGCUGGCUCUUUUUAAUUUCUCAAAUUUUUGCACAAUGUAUAGCAUGAGAAUUCAGUUUCAUAUUAAUUUUGCCUUGCAAUUGUAUUGAGAGAAAAUUGUAAAUUUGUUUUGUGAGUAAACAUUUUUACAUGUUAAAAUAUUUUUAAGAUGUAAGCGUUAAAAACAAUUUAUUAGACGUAGAUUAAAUGUUAUUUUAUUACAUUAUCAAAAGGAAAAUGCUGUCAUGAGUUGUAAUUUUGGAUUCCUGUUUAUACAAGUAAGUAUGUC